GUUGGAGUUUGACGUGGCACUCCGCUUUCACGAUCAGGAAUUCAGAGUAGAAGACUCGGCAGAUACUCGCCAGAAUACAGGUUUUUGGAUCUCUGCCAUUUUGGAAUGAGAAGACCGUAACAGCAUUUAGGAUGAGUCAGCAGGGUUAUGUUGCCACGCCUCCAUACUCCCAGGCCCAGCCUGGGAUGGGGGGCUACCCAGCUGGGUUUGGGAGUUCGCCUGCCCAGCCCCUCUAUGGACAUUAUGGGGGACAACCUCAGUCAUUCCCAGCCCCACCAACAGGUUUGAUGAAGCCUGUGUCAUCCCCCUCCGGCAUGCCUCCACCAGAGGUCUCCAGCCAGUAUGGCUCAAACAUUCAGCAGAAUGGAGCUCACCCUCAAAGGUACCCUGCCCCCCCUGCUGCUGCUGCCGCCUCUCCGUAUGGACAACCCCCUAAUUCCCCCUACCACACCAUAGCCCCCCAGGCCCCAGCACAGCAGCUCACCAAUCAGAUGGGUUCCAUGAACCUCGGAUAUGGUCCAGGGCCCAUGCAGAACCCUCAGGCAUCCCCCACCUCUCCCCCAGCCCAGCAGCCAUUCCAGACUGCCCCUCCCCCAACCAUGGGACAAACAACCCUGGGCCCCCCACCUACGGGCCCCCAUUCACCCCAGAUGGCUCCCCCACAGUCGCCCCUAGCUGGCCCAUCUAUGGGAGGGCACCCAUCUAUGGGAGGGCACCCAUCUAUGGGAGGGCACCCAUCUAUGGGAGGGCACCCAUCUAUGGGAGGGCACCCACCCAUGGGAGGCAUGGGUAGGCCCGUCCCAGGCCCACCCCCUCCAGGCUCUGGGGGCUUCCAGCAGCCUGGGCCUGGAGCAGCCGGACAACCAGGAUACCCUCAGCAACCGCAAGGUCAGUUUGGGGGGCAGAUGGCGGGACCCGGGAUGGCGGGACCCGGGAUGGCGGGACCCUUCCAAGGUGGGGCAGCCCAUAUGUCCGGGCCACCUCAGAAAAAGCUGGACCCUGACUCCAUCCCUAGCACAACACAAGUCACUGAGGACGACCAAGCCAAACGAGGAGGACAGGUGUACACCACAAACCUCAGGGGUCAGGUUCCCCCGCUAGUCACUACUGACUUUACUGUACAGGACCAAGGAAACGCCAGUCCAAGAUUCAUGCGUUGCACCACCUACUCUUUCCCCUGCACGGCUGACCUGGCCAAGCAGUGCCAAGUUCCUUUGGGUGCCAUCAUCAAACCUUUCGCCACGGUGCCAAAGAAUGAGACUCCUCUCUACUUCGUGAACCAUGGUGAGACUGGCCCGAUCCGCUGUAACCGCUGCAAAGCCUACAUGUGUCCCUACAUGCAGUUCAUCGAUGGCGGCCGCCGCUACCAGUGCGGAUUCUGCAACUGCGUCAACGAAGUGCCAGCUUUUUAUUUCCAACACCUGGACCACAUGGGCAGAAGGGUGGAUUUAUAUGAGAGGCCAGAGCUGUCGCUGGGGUCCUAUGAGUUCGAAGCCACCCUAGAUUACUGCAAGAACAACAAGCCAGCCAGUCCUCCGGCGUACAUCUUCAUGAUAGACGUGUCCUAUGCCAACAUCAAGAGCGGACUGGUCAGACUGAUAUGUGAGGAGCUGAAGACCCUGCUAGACAACCUGCCCAGAGAGGAUGGUGCCGAGAGUUCGACGGUGAAGGUGGGCUUCGUCACUUACAACAAGAUCCUACACUUCUACAACGUGAAGAGUGCCCUUGCCCAGCCUCAGAUGAUGGUGGUGUCCGACACGGCCGAGAUGUUUGUCCCACUGCUCGACGGCUUCCUCGUCAACUUCCAGGAGUCUCGCGCCGUCAUCAACAAUCUCCUGGACCAGAUCCCUGAUAUGUUUGCAGACACCAACGAGAGCGAGACGGUCUUUGCCCCCGUCAUCCAGGCUGGGGUAGAGGCACUCAAGACAGCAGAAUGCAGUGGCAAGCUGUUCAUCUUCCACUCAUCCAUCCCCACCGCCGAGGCCCCUGGGAAACUGAAGAACAGGGACGACAAGAAGCUGAUCAACACAGAGAAAGAGAAGACUCUGUUCCAGCCCCAGAAGGGUGUGUACGAGCAGCUCUCCAAGGACUGUGUGUCUCAGGGUUGCAGCGUGGAUCUCUUCCUCUUCCCCAGCCAGUAUGUGGACCUCGCUACAAUGGGAGACGUCCCCACACACACUGGAGGCUCCAUUUUCAAGUACAGCAACUUCCAGGUGGAAAUGGAUGGAGAGCAUUUCUUGAGUGACCUGAGGAAGGAUGUGGAGAAGGCCAUCGGGUUUGACGCCAUCAUGAGAGUCCGCACCAGCACAGGCUUCAGGGCUACAAACUUCUUCGGUGCUAUCCACAUGAACAACACCACAGAUGUGGAGAUGGCUGCCGUGGACUGUGACAAGGCUGUGACUGUGGAGUUCAAACACGAUGACAAACUUAGCGAGGAGACGGGCGCUCUCAUGCAGUGUGCCUUGCUGUACACGACCGUCAACGGCCAGCGUCGUUUGCGGAUCCACAACCUCAGUCUGAACUGCAGUGCCCAGCUGUCUGAGCUAUACAAGAGCUGUGAGACUGACGCCCUCAUCAACUUCUUUGCCAAGUCAGCGUACCGUGCCAUGCUGAACCAGCCCCUGAAGACGGUGAGGGAGAUUCUGGUCAACCAGACGGCCCACAUGCUAGCCUGCUACAGGAAAAACUGUUCCAGUCCCUCUGCUGCCAGCCAGCUGAUUCUGCCUGAUGCCAUGAAGGUGUUCCCAGUCUACUUAAACAGCCUGAUGAAGACUGGUCCCUUGGUGGGCAGCGCUGAUCUCUCUACAGACGACAGGGCUCACCAGAGACUCAUCGCCACGGCCAUGGGGGUGGAGGAUACCCAGCUGCUGCUCUACCCACGCCUUAUCCCACUGCACAAUAUGGAUGUUGCCAGUGAUGUGGUGCCAGCUCCAGUGCGCUGUUCUGAGGAGCGCCUGACAGAUGCUGGCAUGUUCCUGCUGGAGAAUGGGCGCUCCCUCUUCCUGUGGCUGGGCCAGGCCUGCCCCCCAGAGCUUGUCCAGAGAGUCUUCAAUGUGCCCUCCUUCGCCCACCUGCCCGCUGACCUGAGCUCCCUGCCAGUUCUGGACAACCCACAGUCUAAGAAGUUGCGUUCCAUCAUUGACUCAUUGCUUGACCAGAGGCCCAGCGCCAUGAAGCUUCUGAUCGUGAAGCAGAAAGACCGGUCUGAGAUGCUGUUCCGCCAGCACCUGGUGGAGGACAAGGGGCCCUAUGGUGGAGCCUCCUACAUGGACUUCCUGUGCUACGUCCACUGCGAGAUCAGACAAGUCCUCACUUAACCCCCCCCCCCCCCUGGAUAUCACCUCUUACAGAGUCCAUAGCUGCCUUUCCAACAAAUCUUUAACCCCUUAUUCCAAAACAAACCUACAGGACUACCGUUCUCUCUCUCAUCUGUCAGAGUAUCAGGAUCUGUGCUCCAGUUUGCAUUGUAUAUUUGUCUACAUAUGAGUCAGUCUGACUUCUUUAAGUCCGCAGAAUUGAUUUACAUUAACAAUGAACUGAUUUCUAUGUAAAUUGGCCAAUGGUUGUAAAAGGAAUUGCUGGGAUUCAGGACACAUUAGGCCCUCCGGACCACAUUUGCAACAUUAGACAAUUGGUUUCACUAUUGAGUAAACCCAAUUUUUAUUAGUGUAUAUUUAGCUUUUUUAUUGCCAAUGUCUGUUUUUAAGCACGUACAUUCCUUGUCACAAUUUCUCAUUGGGAAGAGUUGACAGAAUUUCACAGCAUCAAAUGGUAAUUUAGUCACAUGGGUUGGAAUAAACAUCUGCUUGCCAUGACUGAAAAUUGGUGCCGUGGCUAUUAAAUUAAUGGCUCACUUUACCAUUAGUGAUUGGAUUCCAUUGUUUUUCCAUUCCCCUCAGGUAUGGAGAGAAUUUCCUAGCUAGAUUAUUGAAUCAAGGCCAAAUCCAGUGACAACUCACUGACAAACAUGGGGAAAAAUAACCCACAUUUUUCUGUAAAGAUGAGAUUAAACAUUCCACACUCUUAAUUCCAAUUGUAUACCUUGGUUUUUCUCUUCAAGUUACUGCUUAUGUCUCAUUUACUGGCAUUAUCAUUACUUUAAUAUAUAAAGUCAAUUAUUGGUUGUUUGUAUGCGAGGAGGUGGUUUUGUGGGAAAUGGAGUUCCUGUGCCAGUUCAAUCUGCCUUAAUUUUUUAAAUUUGUAAAUAUAGGCCAUUAGUCUAUUCCAGUGAGAUACAGAUUUCAAUCUGUAAGGUUUGUAUGCAAACAUAUCUCAGGUCAUACCUAGCAAUUGUGGUGCAGAGAUGGGAAACCAGUGGCGUAACUUGAAUGGAUGUAUUCAAGUGAAGGGGCCUUGGAGUAGAUUCUGAGCCUAAAGCCUAUAUGAAAAAUAUUGUUUUUGAUUAAAUUCCUGACUACAUCAAGCUUUUGAGAAGUUAUGUGCUUGUCUUAUUUCCAUUGAAAUUCUCACUAACAGUCUUGUUGAGCAGUGUUUGAAAAAGUACCAAAUUGUCAUACUUGUGAAGUAAAGAUACAUCAAUAAAGACUCAAGUAAAAGGGGAAAGUCACCCGGUAACAUCUGA